AUGCUUCCAUCAACGUCAUCACCCAACUUGAAAGUGCCGCUAGAACGCGACGAAGAAGGGCGUCCACGAUUCAAAGGCUGUUCGUCGAUCCGCGAAUAUGAAUUUCUGGGAAAGCUUGGAGAAGGCACAUUUGGCGAGGUGUACAAGGCUCGUUCAAAACACUCCGGAUCAAUUGUUGCGCUGAAGAAAAUAUUAUUACACAAUGAAAAGGACGGGUUCCCCAUUACGGCUCUUCGCGAAAUCAAGCUGCUCAAAGUCUUAUCACACACUAAUAUAAUACGCCUGGAAGAAAUGGCUGUGGAGCGAAGCAGAGGUGAAGGCCGGAAAAAGCCGUCUAUGUACAUGGUGACUCCAUACAUGGAACAUGACCUCGCUGGCCUCUUGGAGAAUCCGAACGUACAUCUUACCGAGCCUCAGAUUAAGUGUUACAUGUUGCAACUCCUAGAAGGGCUACGAUAUCUCCAUCAAAACAACAUCCUUCAUCGUGAUAUGAAAGAUUUUGGUCUCGCGAGGCCAUACGAUGGACAUCCCCCAGCUCCUGGCAAAGGAGGCGGGGAAGCUGUGCGAGAUUAUACUUCGCUCGUUGUAACUCGAUGGUACCGGCCGCCCGAGUUAUUACUUCAGCUUCGACGUUAUACGACGGCGAUAGAUAUGUGGGGAGCUGGGUGCGUUUUCGGCGAAAUGUUUAAGGGCAAACCCAUACUUGCUGGAAGCAGUGAUUUAAACCAGGCCCAACUCAUAUUUACUCUCGUUGGUUCUCCAACUGAAGAGACCAUGCCCGGCUGGAGUGCUCUCCCCGGAUGUGAAGGGGUGAAAUCAUGGGGCUCCAAGCCAGGAAACCUUUCAACCGUCUUCAGAGAACAAGGACCCGGCGCCAUAUCACUGCUUUCUGAGCUUCUUAAACUUGAUUGGCGUAAGCGAAUCAACGCGAUUGAUGCACUAAAACACCCUUAUUUCUUGAAUCCACCCCUUCCUGCCCGCCCUGGUGAUCUACCUCAAUUUGAGGAUUCGCAUGAGCUUGAUAGAAGGAAAUUUCGCGGGCAAAAGGCGAUGCCGCCCGCGCCCGCCGGUGGCUCUGUCGGCAUGGGUGCCAACGGCGAAUGGACAUCCGGCUCAGGGGUGAGGGUCCCACCAGAUCCGAAAUUGAAUAGCCGGAUACCUAGUGCUGCACGCAACGGUCCGAGGGGAGCCUACGACAGUCGUGUUCCAGACUCUGCUCGUGGCCAUAAACGACAAGCAUCGGACGAUCACCCUCCGCGUUCACGCGACCCAAGCAUUCACGGAAGACCACCGGGCCAGCUCCCCGGAAGGCCGAAUGCUGCCACAUGGCGUGGCGGCGAUCGUCGGGAGCAGCGUGGUCGUGAUGAAUGGGAUCGCCACCGUUCUCGUGAUUCCUACGUUCCUAAGUAUGACGAUGAUUCCACUUCUGUUUCCCGAAGAGACAAUCUCGAUAGUCGACCUCGUGCAGACUCCCGUGGAGAUAGGUUUUAUAGACCUAGCCGAAGCAGAAGUCCCGAAAGGCCACGCAGCCGUGCUGGCGAUGGGGAUUCACAUAACAUUUAUAGGCGCUGA